GCCUACCUAAGGAAACCUUAGGUACCUACAUAUGCAGUUGCACGUUCUUUGAAACCGAAACAAAGCAUAAUAAACUUUAUCUACCUUAGGUAGGUUAGGUAAGAGGUACCUAAUUCGCCUCGUUUAAAUACGAUAUAUCACAUAUAGAUAGAUACCUAUUUACCAACAAGGUUAGGUAUUUUCCAAAACGCAAUGCGUCGCUGGGCUAUAACUAUUUCUAGCGCCAUUUCCAACUCAGUACCUAACUUAACUCAUACAUUAUAAUUACUAGGUAAUACUCUCCUCUGAACAUAUCAACAACUAUGGCUGCGCUCGAUAAACUGCCCGCCGAAAUAUCGCAUAUGAUAGCCGGCUUCCUUACGAUUCGUACCAGAACAGGGGACAUCGAAGUGAAUCAAAGAGCGCUCGCAUCUCUUACCCGUGUCAACACGAGACUGCGCGACGUGUUUGACCCAAUCCUAUGGAAAACCAAUGCAGUUUUCUCACCCCCCAACGGCCCUGAUGGCAGACGUUACCCAAAGUCUGCUGUUUACUGGGCUGCUAGAAAGAAUAGAAUCGACGUCCUAGAAAAAGCAUUCAAGUAUGAUUUAGCAUUAGGCAUGGCCGAUGCCCGCGCUCCUUUGAAUUGUGCUGCUAAGUUGGGACGAGACGAUGCUGUCUCCUGGUUGCUUGACCAUGGAGUGCCAACGGAUCCUAGGACCUCUGGGGCAAUUUCGUCUGGACACCAUGACCAGGCCCGAGAGGCCGUCCCGGCUUUUCACUCACCAUUAUACGCGGCGAUCAAAAUGCACAAGGAGUCUACGGCUCUGAUUCUGUUAUCACAUGGUGCCAAUAUGUGGUUUACGCAACGAGAAGCUCCUGGUAACCAGUUCCAAGAGGCUGCCAUACACUGUGCCGCCUCCCGUAGCUUAGAAGCCGUGGUAAAGCACCUCGUUCUAACAAUGGGAAUCGAUGUCGACGAACUUGAUAGCCAUCUCGAGACACCUUUGCAUCACGCGAUGAGGCAGGGUGAUAACCAGAUUAUGAUCAAAACAUUAUUAGAGCUUGGUGCCGACAUAAACAAAGAACGCGAUUCGGAACUUCCUAUAACUACAGCGAUUACAUGCCACAAUUUUACCAAUGCGAUGUCAUUUUUGGAUGCUAGGCCAAGGGUAAACAUAACCAAUACAGGCCCAGGGAGCAUGUCCCCGUUGGCAGCAUGUGCUUUGUAUCGACGGGGACCUGUAUGCCUAUCAACUGAUGAGAUGAUGAUAUUAGAGCAAGGCAUGUUAUUCGGCCAGCUCAUCGAGUGCGGAGCCGAUGUAAAUGCACCGUGCAAUGGAUUAGAUACACCUCUCGGCAUUGCCAUACGAAGAGGCAGCCCUACAGCAGUUCAUGAACUCAUUGUAGGGGGAGCUGAUAUAGAGAAAUGUACAGGGGGCCGUCAGCUUAAGCCAAUCGAUCUCAUAUGGGAUCUUCAAAAUACUAUAGAAAUUGCUAUAAAAGGAACUAUCUUAGUUGCAGCAGGUGCUCGUCUAGAUGUUCCUUCUAAGGCAACUUCUAAAACAUCUCUAGAGAGGGCUGUUUGUCGUGAGUCUAUAGAGAGUCAACCAAUUCUCAGCGCGCUCCUCUGCUCGGCAGACCAACGAAAUUUUCGAGACGGAUAUCUUGACGAGAUUUUUCAAUACUGUCUGGAGCAACGCUCCUGCGAGCCCGCAAAGAUCCUGAUGCAUCACGGGGCAUCCUCGCAGAGAGCAAAGGAAGCUGUUUAUAGCUGGGCCAAUGAGAUAGUCAGUGGCCUUCCAAAUGAUUCUUCUCGUCAGGCUUUAUCAUUCUGCCUAGAUUUCCAGUUUUCCAACGAGGAAAUCGAAAACCUCUUCACGAGCGCACUGCAUUCCAUGAAUGAGGAAAACUGUCAUUUGCUUCUAGAUCGUGGCGUGCUGUCGUUUUCUAAAGAGCCCAAGCCGUGGCUGCAUCUGGCCGCAAGAUAUGGCCACUUUUCACUCACGCACCGCCUGUACAGGGCUGGGAUGGAUAUCAAUGCACUCGAUUACGACUUUGAGCCACCUAUGAUGAUAGCUCUGCGAGCUGAAAAUCUUGCCAUAGCUGAUCUACAUUUCGACCUCGGAGCGGAUCCCUUUCAUCCUCGGCCUGAUUCGGAAUGCCGACAGUCGCAGGACGUACCUACGGAAAUCAUAUCGCCUUUCGAGUAUGCUGUGCGCAAUCAUCACUACGCAUAUGCGAAAAGAUGGUGGCAAGAAUGUCCGCCAGAUUUUGUGCCUACGGAGGACUUCUGUAUCCCCCUUGUUAUCACUGAGGGAGAAGACUGUGUGGAAUUUAUCGAUGAUCUGCGCGGCUCUACUAGAAAUAAUUCGAAAGAAACCGAGGAGCGGCCUACUCGCCGUCGGAUCGCGGAAGAUCUGUCGGAACAAAAAAGGUUUAAUGAAAAGAUAUCCAGCGUACAGGAACGGUUAACGGAGAUUUUAGGGGACGAUAUGCUGGACCGGGACUGGGGUUGGAACAUUGGCUACUAGGUAAUUGGUUUGAUUUGUUAUUCUUUAUGUUUGUAACGUUUGGGACCAAUUACGUUAGUACUUAUGUUAAGGGUGGUCUUAGUACUAUAAAAUAUCAUCAACCAUAUUGUUAGGGAUGAACGCAGGGCUAGCUACCUAC